UGCUCUUCCUUGUCCUUCCAGGUGUGAGAGUCCUGGUGGAUGCCAGGGAGAAACUCCAUAUCCCCUGGGGAGAUACUGCCAACCAGAGCAACGGGGACAAGGUGAUGGCGUUCGACACCCGCGCGGUCACCGUGGCCCAGGGCAUGGUGGAGACCAACGUGUUCCUGGACUACCUGCCAGCCAUCAGGGCCCUGUGGGCAGACAGUGGCAUCCAGCACGCCUACGACAGGCGCAGAGAGUUCCAGCUGGGGGAAUCUGUAAAGUAUUUCUUGGACAACUUGGAUAAACUUGGAGAGCAAGAUUACCUUCCCUCCCAGCAAGACAUCCUGCUGGCCCGAAGGCCGACCAAAGGGAUCCACGAGUACGACUUUGAGAUCAAGAAUGUCCCUUUCAAGAUGGUCGAUGUGGGUGGGCAGAGGUCGGAGCGGAAACGAUGGUUCGAGUGCUUCGACAGCGUCACCUCCAUCCUCUUCCUCGUGUCCUCCAGCGAGUUCGACCAGGUGCUCAUGGAGGAUCGGCAGACGAAUCGCCUCACCGAGUCCCUGAACAUUUUUGAGACAAUAGUCAAUAACAGAGUUUUCAGCAACGUCUCCAUCAUUCUCUUCUUGAACAAGACGGACUUGCUUGAGGAGAAAGUACAGAAAGUGAGCAUCAAAGACUAUUUCCCAGAGUUCGAAGGGGAUCCUCACUGCUUAACAGAUGUGCAGAAAUUCCUGGUGGAUUGUUUUCGUACGAAACGCCGGGACCAGCAGCAGAAGCCUCUGUACCACCACUUCACCACUGCUAUUAACACAGAGAACAUCAGGCUAGUUUUCCGUGAUGUCAAGGAUACCAUCCUGCACGACAACCUCAAGCAGCUCAUGUUACAGUGAUGUGCAAAGAGACAGUAACUCUUGUGUGUUGUUGGGGUUUUGUUUUUUUUAAACUAGAAGUUUACAGCAGGAGUAGAGAAAUCCAGAUCCUGUCAGACUUCUUGAUAUGUGGCUAAAAGCUGCUGCUGAACACAUUAUUGCCAAUUUCUGCAGAAAUUCAGGCUUAAUCUCUUCCAGUGUAGCUUCAAAGUUGACUCAAGUUGUAAUUUUAUAGG